AUGACUACAGUCACUGAAUAUGAUAUGAUUAGAUCAUAUGAGCAAAGGCUAUUUGAAGAUAAGGAAAGAAGGGCUUUAAUAAAUGCUGAUCGUCAGAAAUUGUUGAGACAACAAACUGCUUCUCUUCUUAUGCCUGAGGAUGAAAUGAGUCAAGAAUGCCUUAAUCUUUGGGCAAGUCGUAAAAUUCUUGAAGUAAAUGCAAAUUUAUGCGAUCAACUUUCUACAGAUUUAUCAACAGAUCAAUCGGCAUCCACCUCUUUUGAAUCAAAUACGGAACCAUUAUAUGAACGACCACUAAUACCUUUAAAUAAUCAUAGCUUCCUUGAGUUACCGAGUUCUGCCGAAUUGAAGCGAAGAAAAUAUAAGAACUUGGCACUUGUGAGGCGAUCAAAAAAUCAAAGUUUCCAACAGCCAGUAAACUCUUUUGAAAGUGCGCUUUCUAGCGAAUCGAGUGUCGCUGAUUCCUUAGCUGUGAAUAUCGAUCGUUAUGCUUCAGAAGAUAGUUCUCGAGUUACAGAAAGGAGUUUGCAAGCGAAUUCGAGUUCAUUUGAUUCGCAGUAUAAAAGUAUAAAGGCAACUAGUUACCCGGUAAAUCGCUCGGUGAGCACUAGUUAUAUGCGAAAAAAUAUUCUACAACGCGAUUAUAGCAUAGAUUCUAAAACAGAUCGAAUUUUUCGUGAAUUUGCUCGCAUCGACCCGAAAUUUGAAGAUAAGAAUUGUGUAUCAAGUGAACUGUGCCAGCAAAAACAAAGUGUUCUAUUGAAAAAUCGUUCGUUAGAUACAAGUAAUGCUUUUCAAUCGGUUCCUGUUCCAGUAAUUUGCUAUCCGGAAAAUGAAUUCAGAUGA